AUGCCCCCCACACUAGUGACUCCCAGAUUCGUGCUGUUGAUCCUCACAGUUUGCGGCCUUUCCCUUCUAUCGCUCAUUACGUUCAGCUUCUUAGAGCAACUAGAUGGCCCGGACUCGGCCAAAUGUCGCAGCGUCUACAUGUCGCCGGCAUACGCGCGAGUCCAUGGCUUUGAUGAGUCUCAUACACGAUUUGCCUCCAAAUACUCCCUAUAUCUCUAUAGAGAACAAGGUAGAGACACUCUUCCUGACAAUGACGGUCAGAGCCUGAGAUUGAGCGGCACUCCUGUGCUCUUUAUCCCUGGAAACGCGGGCAGCUACAAACAAGUGCGUUCUCUUGCCUCCCAAUCAGCCAAUUACUAUUAUUCAGAGCUCGAGAAAUUCAAAGACCUCAAUCCUAACGUGAACAGCCUCGAUUUUUUUGCUGCAGAUUUCAACGAAGAUUUCACAGCUUUUCACGGUAGAACCAUGCUGGACCAGGCUGAAUAUCUCAACGACGCAAUAGGGUUUAUUCUAAGCCUCUAUCGACAUAAUCCGACCCCAGCACGGUCUGUGAUACUGGUCGGGCACUCAAUGGGAGGGAUUGUGGCCAGAGUGAUGCUUAGUCUUCCUAAUUAUGUUGAGGACUCCGUCAACACGAUAGUCACAUUGGCUGCUCCCCAUGCGGCAGCUCCAGCGACCUUUGAUGCGGACUUGCUGCACGUCUAUGCGGCCACAGACGAUUUCUGGCGUCAUGGCUUUGUCAGUCUGGACUCCGAUGACUCAGGAUUCAGCAAGCUUGCACGAAGGAGAUUGGAGAACUUGUCGCUUGUGUCGAUAACAGGUGGGCUUCUGGACAAUAUGCUUCCUGCAGAUUAUACUUCGUUGACGGGACUAGUGCCCGAUACCAAUGGGUUCACGAUUGCUACCACUGGUAUUCCUGGAGUUUGGACUCCAAUCGAUCAUCUUGCUAUUGUGUGGUGCGAUCAGCUUCGCAAAGUUCUUGCUAGCUCUCUGCUGCAGUUGGUUGACAAAACAUCUUCGUCUCAGACGUAUCCGCUCCAAAAGAGAAUGGAGAUUCUGCGCAAAAACCUUUUCACAGGCUUUGAAGCUGACGCUACCCAAGAUUUUGAUUCGUACAAGGCCGGCGCAGGUAAACUGGAUUUGCCAUAUAAACUCAAGAUUGACACGAAGCAGCUCAAAGACACCUCUAGACAGCGCAGUUUGCAACUUCCUAAAUCCAAGUUGAAAAGGAAUACGCCCUCAUCUCCGGACAUGCAUCUGUUUUAUAUCCCGAAAGAUGGGCUCAAAUUCAGGUUUAAUUUUCUGAGUUCGCUGGAGCCUGUGGAUAUAUCUCGUUUGGGCGAAGGCUUCGCAUCGCCAUCCAUUAUGCUCUGCAGAACGCUCAAUCCGGACGGGCGGGCUUUCAAAAAAGAGUUUGAUUAUACAACUGGCACCACCAGUAAAGCAGUUCAGCUAGAGUGCAUAGAUAUUCAUGAGGACGCUCGCUUGAUUCCGAGAUCUUACAACGACUCCCGAUCUUCCAGUGAGUCGUCGCUGGGCGGAGAGAAGCGGCCGUUCUAUUCUAUUCAACUGGACUCCCGAGUGCUAUCCAUGUUUGAUGCUGUGGUUAUUGCUGAGUCGCCAGUGCCAGUGGAAAGUCCGGAAUUUGUCCUUGCAGACCUGAAGCUUACUCAGUCCACAGACCUUGUCUUGGGAGACCACAGCUUAUGGACGUUGUUCAGUAGAGGAUACGAUAUCACGUUACCUGCACACAGGCCUUUGUCCAUCAGCAUCAAGAUCCCUUCUGCGUGGUCCAGUCUACUUGCAUACAAUUUUGAUAUACGCUACCAGCAGUCGCAGAUGGAACGAUUCUCGCCCUUGAUCAGCCAAAGAAUCAGGGACGAGACUAAAUGGCACAUCAAUCUACAUCAGGAUAAAUCGGUAACUGCAUUAAUUCAGGGAGUUUCUCCAUUCUGCCCUUUCACUAGGGAUGAUACAUCGUCGUUAGAAUUGCAGCUUUUCAGCGACUCGUUGGCUUCUGACCAGAUUAUGGACAUUUACUUGACCGUGGACUGGUUCAAGUCGCUUAAAUUAUUGGUUCUCAAGUACAGGCUUUCAGUUUUCAGUUUCCCCGUCUUUAUUACAACGCUUGUGUUUUAUCUGCAAUUCAGAAAAUACAUCAAAGAGGACGUCUUUCCCUCAUUCGGGGAAGGGUUGUUGAUGCUCUGUGAUCCACAUAUUCUCAUUCCACUGACUUUAGUAUUCAGUGUUUUAUCCUCGUUUGCAUCGCACAGUUUUUUCCAAAAGCUUUUGAGUUACAUCGACCCCGUGGACUUUGGAAACAAGAUGCUCAUGCAUGAAAUAGAAAAGUCGGACGUUUUUGUUAACCUCUAUUUUUUGGGUCUUGAAGAGAAAGCACUCUGGUUUUUCGGGCCUGUGGUACUGGUGAUUUCGUUGUCGUUAGUAUGCGCAUUUUACAACCUGCUUGAGGUUUUGCUUUGGACGAUUGUUGUGUUUCUGCGAAGAUUGCAUAACUCCAAUCUUUUCAAACCCUGCAUGUUUGGCAAUUACAAUAAACGCCGUGCAUUCGGUACUGCUUUGAUCCUAGCGCUUGUGCCCCUAUACAUUCCGUACCAGUUCCCCUAUGUCGUUAGCUGUUUGGUGCAAUGUACAGUCGUGAUACGUGCGUGCUUGACCAGCCCGGGCCAGAAACACGUCCCUGUGGAAAAUUUCCGCAACUUCAAUAUCUCGCUGCUCAUUCUAAUGCUGUGGAUUUUGCCGGUGAAUAUUCCGGUCCUAAUUGUCUGGAUUCACAACUUUUCGCUCCGUUGGGCCACGCCAUUUUCCUCGCAUCAUAAUUUCCUGGCCAUUAUUUCUAUCGUUUUCCUUGUGCAGAACAAUGUUGCUGGCAACCUCAUUCCAAGGCCAACUUCUGCGGUCACGAUCUUUGUUACUAAGUUUGUGAUUGUAUACUUUUCGUUGUGCUCACUCAUUUACGGCACGCGUCACCUAUUUUGGUUACAUUAUCUGUUCAACUUCAUGUGCGCAUGGCUGCUCUGUUUGCUUUUGCAGGAAGUGUGGAAGAAACAGGUGAAGAACGUCGCCAUGUUCAAAAAGGAGGACACACCCUCAAAGCUAAACUAG